AUGUCGCGUUACCGGGGACCUCGUUUCAAAAAAAUACGCCGCCUGGGAGCUUUACCGGGACUAACUAAUAAAAGGCCUAGAGCCGGAAGUGAUCUUAGAAACCAAUCACGUUCCGGUAAAAAAUCUCAAUAUCGUAUUCGUCUAGAAGAAAAACAAAAGUUGCGUUUUCAUUAUGGUCUUACAGAACGACAAUUACUUAAAUACGUUCGUAUCGCCGGUAAAGCCAAGGGGUCAACAGGUCAGGUUUUACUCCAAUUACUUGAAAUGCGCUUGGAUAACAUCCUUUUUCGAUUGGGUAUGGCUACGACUAUUCCUGGAGCCCGUCAAUUAGUUAACCAUAGACAUAUUUUAGUCAAUGGUCGUAUAGUAGAUAUACCAAGUUAUCGCUGCAAACCCCGAGAUAUUAUUACGGCGAGGGAUGAACAAAACUCUAGAGCUCUGAUUCAAAAUUCUUUCAAUUCACCCUCUCAGGACGAAAUGCCAAAACAUUUGACUCUUCAACCAUUCCAAUAUAAAGGAUUAGUCAAUCAAAUAAUAGAUAGUAAAUGGGUCGGUUUGAAAAUAAAUGAAUUGCUAGUCGUAGAAUAUUAUUCGCGCCAGACCUAAACCUACAAUGAGAGGUAGAUUUUCCUUCCUUGUCUACUCUUUUCCUUUCAGUAUUUUCCAUGCCACAGCAAUUAGGAAUAAAAAAAAAUAUAUCAAAGAAAGGUCUAACUGUUGUGUUGGAAUAUAAUUUUAUAUAGUGCUAUUUUACUCUUUUGGUUAGUAAGAUCAGUGAAUUAGAUAAAGGUACGGAAAGAGAGGGAUUCGAACCCUCGGUAAACAAAAGCCUACAUAGCAGUUCCAAUGCUACGCCUUCAACCACUCGGCCAUCUCUCCUACAUAAUGAUUAUGACCCAAAAACCGAGUGAAUAGCGAGCCGGUACUCGUAGAUUAUUGGAUAGGAACGACCAAUCAAUUCUAAUUCUAAUUAGAAAAAUAUAUAAAUUUUCAUCAAAGUCAAAUAAAUUUCUUUGUUUUGAGGUUAUACGGAUAAAUAGAAAAUAAGAAAACUGUUAUAAAGAAUUCUUUGCAAAACCAAACCAGCCUUCGCCUCUUUUUCUGUUAUUUUAUAACGGUACCGGAGGCAAUCACUAAAUUCUAACGAAUCCGCUGAUUGAUAGGUCUAUUUUUGCACUUUGGUUAAUGGAUCUCUUCAGAUCACGAUUCUAUUUAAACUAUUAUUCCAUAUCUUAAGAAUUAAGAAAUUUCUUUCCAGUCCAGUUUUCUAGUUCUCUCAACAACAAAUCCUAUCCUGCAGAUCUAUUACAAAUAUUCAUAGAAAUUAUAUAUAAGUGGAUUCUAUAGUGUAUACCUCCUCUAUGCAUACAAAAUAAAACAGGCGGGUUUUUUCAUCGUAGAAUGGUUAUUGGAUCCUUUUUUUUUUUUUCUUCUUUGGAUUGGAUGAGAAUUCAAUAAAAAAUUAUUCGUUAUUAUAAUCUAUAACUUAAAUGAAAUUGAAUACUUUCUUUUGUUGGUAUACUACUCCAUUUACAUUAGGAUGAAAUCGAAGCGUACUCCAAUAUUUAUUUCUUUUUUUUUUUUAUUCCUGUCAAAAAAGAACAAUUUGAAUAAAUCUAAAUACAGGUCCCAUAUCCUUUUUUCUUAAUGAAUUUUUUUUUAUGUUAUUUCGUACUGUACAAUUCUUUUCUUUGUGGUAUCGGUUUACCACUAGAGGUAAUGAGAAUAAUUAUAGAAUGGAUUGCUACCUAUGCCUAGAUCGCGGAUAAAUGGAAAUUUUAUUGAUAAGACCUUUUCAAUUAUAGCCAAUAUCUUAUUACGAAUAAUUCCGACAACUUCAGGAGAAAAAGAGGCAUUUACCUAUUACAGAGAUGGUGCGAUUUGAUUCUUUUUUUUAUUGCUCUCAAUAUUACGAGAAAGAUAUAUAAUAGAAAUAAAAAUUUUGAAAAAAAAAAUCUACGCUUGUUGAAGGUAAAGUUUGGAAAUAGAACAAUUCCUUCUGUCGUGUAUCCUCCGUUAAUGUAACCUCAGAUGCUAUGGUUUAAUUGUCGACUCUAGUAUUGAGCGAAAGGCUACACCUAUAGGUUCUGUUAGGUUCUGUAUUUACAGGUCAAUCCUACUCCACCAGUACCAAUAGGCCACAUAGGGGAAGAAGCACUACACCUAGGAAUCAACAACACGAAAACUUUGUUCGAAAUUAUCCCGAUCCUUAUCAGGAUCGGAACUAACAAGAAUGGUCGGGACAACAAACAUCCAUCUCGUUUGUAUUUUGGAUACCUGUAUAACCAUCGAAGGCUGUUGAAGUGACUAAUUUCUGGAAAUUAUAAGGCGUUUAGAACAAAGAAAUUGUUGGAGUUAUCAUUUCUAUAAAGUAUCAACAGGUUUGAUCUUAAGAAAAGAUCUCUUGCAGUAAGGUUGGCUAGAGAUUUCUUGUAAAAACACUAGCCCUGCUCAGUUCAUAAUGAUAAUAUUUUAAUCUUUUUUUAUUCGCUGUUUUAUU